AUGAUGCUUCAUUCACACUCCAAAUGCAAACAACAAAAGUCAAAUAUUAAAUCACGACUUCGAGAAGUUGAAGUAAUGAUGAGGGCACCUGGGGAAGUUGCAUUGCAUUCUAAACAAUUAAUUGAUGACAAUGACAACAGUAAAUGUGAUGCGGCAGCAAAUGAUCGAAUCCUCUUCAGGGAUGAAACAUAA